GUAAAACUUGCCGCUCGGUGUAAUUUGAUCUUAUCAGGAAGCAAGAAAAAACGAUGUACAGAAGUUUAACUUGUUGAAACAUAUCGGACGAUUUUUUAAUUUUUCCAAUCUGAAAUGGACGAAAGGAGCUACUGCAUAGAAAGUGCCGACAUAUAUUCCUGCAUUUCUGAAAGUGGCGCCAAAGAAUUGGAUAUUUCAAAAGAAAUAAUAACGAUGAGAAGAGAUUCUGAAGGAGAGAUUUUCUAUCAAUUUGUGGAAAGAUUUAAUCUAUGCUAUGCAGACAUUUUUUAUCGUUUUCUUGAAAGUGUCAAUGAGCUUUGUGCAGAACUUCGCUGUAUUUCACUGGCAGAGAUUUUUCCUCGAUUUGCAGCUAGACUCAUUGGAAUUCGUGCAGAAAUUCACCGUGUGUCAUUGUUAGGUCGCAGGACCAUGGCUAAAGUCCAAUAGUCGAGUUUACUUAAGUUACGUUUGCACACAACGAGUGUCGUCGGUCCGACAAAUCGUUGUGUGUAAACGUACCUUAACAGCAAUUGGCAUUUUGACAACAAUGAAAUGCUCGACUAUGAAUCAGACAAUAUGCCCAGAGUAAGCGCACUAGUGUUUCUUAAGUUUUUUCAAUAUGACAUUCUUCUGAAAUUUGAACGAUAAUUUUGUUAUGUAAUAUAAUAAUACUAUUAAUUGUUAAUAAUAAUUAUAUAUAUACCUUAACCGUUUAAAAACAAUGAAAUUCUCAACUGUGAAUCAGACAAUAUGUCUAGAGUAAACGCACACAUGUUGCUUUGUGUUUUUUCAAUGUGACAUUCUUCCGAAAUUUUGAAGAUAAUGUAUUUGGGUAACAUACUAGUCAAUACUAAAAUUUUUUGUUUGUGCUUGUUUGAA